AUGGAUGGAAAUUGUGUCUUGGCAGCAAGGCAAAAUGGGGCUCAUCAGACUCCCAACUCAUCACCUCCUCUCAAUCCCAGCAUCCCCAUUUCCAAAAUCUCUCAACAGCAGAAACAAGCCCCCAUCGAUCGUCGGCGCCUCAAGAACAACAACGGCGGCCAGUCCCUCGUCUGCGGCUUGGAAUUGGAGCAGAAGAAGCAUGAGCUGCUGAGGGCCGUUCAAGACACCCAGCGAGGCCUCGUCACCACCGCCGACCAGCGUUCGGCCAUUGAAGAAGCCCUCGUGGGGGUGGAAGGUUACGAUGCGGGGUCGCCGGUGGAGCUGGAGAGGCUUGACGGCACGUGGCGGUUGAAUUACACUUCUGCUUCUGAUGUUCUUGUUCUCUUUGAGGCUGCAGCUAGGCUUCCCUUUCUUCAGGUGGGGCAAAUUUUCCAGAAGUUUGAAUGCAGAGAUCGGGUCGAUGGAGGAAUUGUGCGUAAUGUCGUGCGAUGGAGCAUACAGAACCUCUUGGAGGAGCAAGAAGGUGCCACGUUGCUGGUUUCUGCAAAGUUUUCACUUCUUUCCAACCGCAACAUAUAUCUUCAGUUUGAAGAGGUAGCUGUUGAGAAUAUCAAAAUCAGCGAACAGCUUCAAGCCUUGAUAGCUCCAGCGAUACUUCCUCGAUCAUUUUUAAGCCUUCAGAUCUUACAGUUCAUCAGAACUUUCAGAGCGCAGGUGCCUGUGAGGAGUCCAGAAAGACGUUCGCCUGGUGGGCUGUAUUACCUUUCAUAUCUGGAUCGUGACAUGCUCCUGGGCCGGUCCGUUGGUGGAGGAGGUGCGUUUGUUUUUACACGAGCUCAAGCGCUAACUUCUUAAUGCUCUUUUCCUUGUGAAGCAUAUUCAAAAUUUUGUGCAUAACACAAAUACUCAUCAAAUCAAAGCUGAAAAAUAUAUUGAAUUUGUAUUCAUGUAUAACGAACAGCAAGAUCUUGUCUCGAUUUACUAUAUGCUUGUAUGAUGGGAGUAAGAAUCAGAAAUCCGUAGGGUGUUCCUUUC